GGCUUCCAAUUUCAUAACCCCAUGUGGCUCUCUCCUCGUGCUGCAUCCCUUUUACAUAAAAUGCACACGUAAGUGGUACGCCUUAUACGUAUGUAAUUGUACAUGGUAACCACGUAGUGGAACACAUUUGCUUGAAAAAACGUAAAUUGCAAAAAAUGUUUGGAAACAUCUUCCAAAGGGAGGGGGCCACGCAGAAGCAGCAGCAGUAGCGGCAGCGGCAGCAGCAGCGGCAGCAGCAGCGGCAGCAGCAGCGGCGGCAGCCAUAAUGUGAAGAGGAUCACCUUAUCAUAGGGGGGGGCGGAAAAACAAAAGAAAACAAAAUUAAUAAAUGGAUUUGAGGAAACACCUCUCCUCCCUUUUCCUCCUAAUUUACCUAAAAUGUUUCAUACGCCACUUUUGCUUUAGCCCCAGUGUGGAAAACACCAACGGGAGCUGCUACAUACCUAGCGCGUUUAAAAAGAGGCAGUACAAGCAAACGUCUAGUAAAACCUUUGUGAAGGGAAAAGAUACAAAAUUUCAACUCAGUCUGAUUUUUAGAAAGCAAAAGGAUCAGUCCAUGAUAAGGAGCAUUCCCAGCCAUGUGCGAAAGAGAAAGAAGAAGAAAAAAAAAAAGAAAAAAAAGGCAGACGGUGAUGGCGAAGCUGGUGAGAAGGGCCAAAAGGGGGGGAAAAAAAAAGUAAACAAAAAGUUAAUGAGAAGGAGGCUGCUCAAGUUUUACAAGAUGAAGAGGAAAAACGAGGGCACCGAGGAGGAUGUUUUUGCGGACAGGGAGAAGUACUCGGUGUUCGACUACGUUGAGGAUGAGAUGAGUGGUGUGAGGCGCGAUGGGUUGAGCGGUGGGAUGAGCGGUGGGAUGAGCGGUGGGAUGAGCGGUGUUAGCAGUGUUAGCAGUGUUAGCAGUGUUAGCCGCGUCAGCCAAGGGAGUGACGGCGACCAGGCGGACCCCCCCUCCGCUGCACCCCCCGAGGGGCACCAAAAAGAAGAAGAUGAAGGAGAAGCCGAGCUGCGCACCUACGUGGAUGACAUUCAAGGGGAGGAGUCCCCCGAACGGGUUGACCCCACUCACGGGCAAGAUGGUGGUCAAGAUGGUGGUCAAGAUGGUGGGAAAGAUGGUGGGCAAGAUGAUGAGCAACCUGGGCAGCAUAACCAACACGGCGAAGCAACUGCCCCCGCCGCGGGGAGGAAAAAAAAAAAAAAAUUGAAAAAGCUAAAAAAGAACAUGCACAUAGGGAAGUACAACAGAAAGGUUUUCACCUACAGAAAAAAAGUGUCCGUAGAUGACGUGCACGAAUAUGUCCAGAACAAACAGCUGGGGGAAAAAUACAUCCUCCAGAAAGACACCCUAAAAAACGUUUUCGUCAAUAAGCCCCUCUUCAAUUUCUACAACUUUUACAAUUUCUUUCAAAUUGACCACGUGGAAAAGUAUAAUAAAGAAAAGGUUCUAAAUUUAAUUUACUACUACAUGUAUAAGUACAAAAACAAAAUGGAGACUCAAACAGAAUACGAGUGUGUGAAGACGGAGGAUGUCGUGGGGACGUACGAGAGGAUUGCAGAUGAAAGGAAGAAAAUGAAACACUAUCUGGAGUUCUACAUAGAUAUGAAUAACAACAGGUACCUCUAUAUGAACAUUGACCAGAAUUACGCCCUGAAGAAAAAGGCCACGGACGCCUUCACCGUCAGCAACAUUAACAAGGUCGACUCGAUGCACAUACACAAUUACAGGGUGGUGUGGACCAUUCGAAAUGUGCAGGAGAAACUGUUUUGGAGGUUCCGCGAAAUGGGGAACAUCCCCCUGACGACCUCCGCCUUUUCCUUCGCCGGCAAGAAGUCGUUCAAGUUGAAGCUUUGGCUAGAUGGUCACAAGUCCGCCAAGAAGGGCUACGUAAGCGUCGGCCUGAAGCAACUGGAAAACUACUCCCUGCUGGAGGAGUACAUCUGCCUCUCCCUUGGCGGAGUCACCAGGGGGCCAUUCCAAUACCUUUCGAGAGAAUACUACCAGAGCUGCUACAACUUCUGUAAGUUUGACGAGCUGGACGUGAAGAACGACGAGUUGCAGUUAAGCUUGUUUGUGUACGAUGGGGUUGUGUAGGGGGUGGGCAUCGACCAUCAUUCGAUAGGAUAGACGUCAUUGCAGCUUUGGGGUGAAAUGGAUUUGCCCUCCUCAGCUCGGCUUCUUUACCAUUGCCCCUCUUUUGCACGACCCACCUUGGCAAAUACGACCUCACGUCAGUUUGUAAUUUCGUUUUACCCCUUUCUCGCGCGCCGGGGGUUGGGUGGGCGCGCCUCCUUCCCCAAUCGUCCAUCCCAGUUGGCCUUCCCCCCACGUUGUUCCCAUUUUGUUCGCAUUUUGUUCCCAUUUCGUUCCCAUUUCGUUCCCAUUUCGUUCCCAUUUCGUUCCCAUUUCGUUCCCAUUUCGUUCCCAUUUCGUUCCCAUU